AUGGUGUGGCUACGUUUCUUUCUGACGAUUCUGGUUAUUGUUCAGAAAAUCGAAACUUUUGGAGAAAAUCAUACAGGAAUUUGGGUCGUUAAUUCAUCUAUACCAAAUGUUGUAUAUCCUCUCACUAUAGUUGGUAAGAGUCAGGGCAAAAUGAGAGUUCAUGUCUUACAUCGACCAACUACCGUACCGAGUACAUCAACGACGACGACGACAUUAUCAUUGGACGUCAUGAUAGAUAAUUACAUAAAAAAGUCAACAUGA